AUGAUUGGAAGCAUUGAUUGUAUGCACUGGGAGUGGAAAAAUUGUCCUACGUCUUGGAAAGGACAGUAUUCACGUGGACAUGCAAAACCGACUAUCUUUUUAGAGGCGGUGGCUUCAAAAGAUCUUUGGAUUUGGCACGCAUAUUUUGGAGCACCAGGUACUUGUAACGAUCUAAAUGUUCUCGACCGAUCACCCGUCUUUGAUGAUAUAUUACAUGGUAAAGCUACACCAGUCAGUUACGUGGUCAAUGGACACCAAUACCGUAUGCCUUACUAUCUGAUAGAUGGUAUAUAUCCGAAAUGGACGACUUUCAUCCAGUCAAUUUCUAACCCACAAGGUUCUGAAGAAUCAUUAUUUGCUACUUAUCAAGAAGCAGUUAGAAAAGAUGUCGAGCGUGCGUUUGGAGUGUUGCAAGCUCGAUUUGCAAUUGUCAGAAACCCAGCUAUGUGCAUGGAUAAAUCAAAAAUAGGCAAGAUAAUGAGAGCAUCUAUCAUAUUGCAUAAUAUGAUAGUAGAAAACGAACAAGACCAAUGCACUCAAUUUGAGUUAUAUGCUUUCAUGGAAAGAGAAGGAAGCGGAACUUCACAAAUGGACUACACGUUCUCUAUAGAUACACCUACAAACGUGAACAAUAUGAUGGCCAAUCGAGCUCUAAUACGUGAGAAAAGAGUGCAUGAACACUUGAAAGCUGAUUUGGUUCAACAUAUUUGGAAAAAAUGGCACAAAUCGAAACUAAAAACGACUUAA